CAACUGUAAAAUGGGAAGUCGGAUUUUAAAUAGUGAAACAUAGCGCCGCCACAUUAUGCUGUUUUGUCAGAAUAGUAAUGUUUUGUCGGUGAACAACGUGAAGCAGUGUGGUUCAUUGCUGCACACUGUCUCGCCGCAAAUUAGCACACUGCUGUGUUGAAGUGGUUAAACUAUUGUGACACUGAAGGAACAGCCGUAAAGCUGAAACGUGAACAAAGGGAGCGUUUGCCAAGGUGAGUUGGCUGAUUGAAGAUGGACUCCUGUGGAUCCAGGGCCAUGGAUAAAGAGUUGAUGCCUUUGGACUGCCUGCUGCCCUCAGGCACUCUGAGGAUAUGUCUGCUCAUUCUGAACCAGCCUCUGGAUAAGGACUACCUAGACAUCCUCUGGAGUAAAGCUCUCUUGAGGGCAUGUGCUGAUGGAGCUGCCAAUCACCUUUAUGAGAUGACUGCUACAGAUUGCGACAGCUUUCUCCCUGACUAUAUCAGCGGGGAUUUUGAUUCCAUUACUGCCGAGGUCAAAGCUUUCUAUGCAGGCAAGGGGUGCAAGCUGAUAGAAACAGAUGACCAGGAUCUAACAGACUUCACCAAGUGUCUUGCAAUCAUGUUGAAGGAGAUUGAGAGACGACAGUUGCAGGUGGAUGCCAUUGUGACUCUGGGCGGUCUUGCAGACAGAUUUGACCAGACCAUGGCAUCUGUCGAGACACUCCACCACGCUCUGUCCAUGACACAGCUGCCUGUGUUGAUCAUACAGGGGACCAGCCUGGUAUAUCUACUCAGACCUGGCAGCCACAGACUGGAAGUGAACACGGGCCUGGAGGGGGAUUGGUGCAGUCUCAUUCCAGUAGGUGGACCGUGCCAAACAACCACCACUGGACUCAAGUGGAACCUGAAUAACCAGGUCCUGCAGUUUGGGAAGCUGGUGAGCACCUCCAACACCUAUGAGCAUGUUGACCCCGGUAAACCCAAGAAGCCUGUAACUGUGAUCACAGACCAGCCACUUCUCUGGAGCAUGGGCAUUCGUAAGAAUAAGGGAUAAAGCAGAAAAGAUUCUUCUUCUCAGUUAAUAUUUCUCUAAUCGCACAUGGAAUGAAACUUUUCCUGCAGCUGAGCUAAAGCAAAAUCACUAGUUUUAUAUGAUUUGUAUAGCAUGUAGUCAAAAAUGAAGGAGCUUAACGCACUCUUACAUGUGACCAAAAGUCUCACUUAUUUUUUUUUUUUAUUACUGUAUUGUGUGAUAUCGUGAUCAACUUGACUUGGUCAGCAUGGAACACAGGAAAAAUUCAAAACUGGCCAAAAGAACUGACUCCUAGUUUUAGUUUUUAUAUGAUAGUGGCCAUCCUUGUCAAUGGUGUGUCUAUUUAUACUGUAUUCUUAUAACAUGCCUUGUGUUUCUUCACUGUACAGGUAUUGGUUCCAAAUGAGCUCCUGCUUAUGAAAUAUGCACUUUGUGACCAAAAUCCAAGCCUUAACCAUGCUAACAUCUGGUUCCGUUCAUUAAAAAAACAUCAACUUUAUAGUAAGGACUGAAAUAACAUUUCAGAGAAUUAGUCAAGAGGCAUCACCGUACCCAUAUUACAUCUUCCUUUUUAAAACUAUUCAUGUAUCGGCUCUGCAUUACAGCCAACAGUAUGUGCCUUUGACAUCCUCCUGUUCCACUGUCACCUUGUUAUUUGCAAUAUCUGUUAAGUGUUAUGGAACAUCCAAUAAAAAGUAUCUGCGCCUUUGGAUGAGUUUAUUGUUGUAUACAAACAAAUGAUAGCAAGGAUAUCUGCAUAGACAGGACAAAUCAAUCAUUGGGUUUCCAUUUGUUUUAUUUACACAGCGAAAUAUAAAUGUUGUGCACAGAAUGUAAAAAUGCGAUCCCUUCAGACCCAGUCACACCAGCCCAAUAGCACUUAAUAGCAUCGUCUCCCGUCCCAAGGUUUUGAAGUUUGAGUUUUUUUUCUUGAUCAGGAUUUAACCAC